AUGACCUCAAGGCCCACAUCUCAGCAAGUCUGUGCUGUAACCAGCCAUGACCUCAAGGCCACACCUCAGCAAGUCUGUGCUGUAACCAGCCAUGACCUCAAGGCCACAUCUCAGCAAGUCUGUGCUGUAACCAGUCAUGACCUCAAGGCCACAUCUCAACAAGUCUGUGCUGUAACCAGCCAUGACCUCAAGGCCACAUCUCAACAAGUCUGUGCUGUAACCAGCCAUGACCUCAAGGCCACAUCUCAGCAAGUCUGUGCUGUAACCAGUCAUGACCUCAAGGCCACAUCUCAACAAGUCUGUGCUGUAACCAGCCAUGACCUCAAGGCCACAUCUCAACAAGUCUGUGCUGUAACCAGCCAUGACCUCAAGGCCACAUCUCAACAAGUCUGUGCUGUAACCAGCCAUGACCUCAAGGCCACAUCUCAGCAAGUUUGUGCUGUAACCAGCCAUGACCUCAAGGCCACAUCUCAGCACAUAAAGUGGCACAGGUGA